AUGGUGUUUCAUGUCACUUCUUUUGGUUCUAGCUGUUGUGAGCUUCAGUAUACACAUCCUCACAUCAUCAAGGAAGAAGCCGACGCGGGUGAUGCUGAUGACAAUGAGAUUAGAGGAACAUGGGCAAUGUCUUCGUUCUCAUUCGACUACUGUUUUUUGGCUGAGGUCACUGCUUCAAAUCUAAAAGCAGACAAACUUAUGAUACUAGUGAACAAAGAGGGAAAUUCUUGGACUGCGAAUUUGCGAUUUAGCGAAGCAGGCGGCAUGUAUUAUAUCACAAGAGGCUGGGAAAAGUUCUGUCGUGAUAACAGAUGCGACAUAGGAGACUUAUUUGUGUUCAAUCUGGUUGGAGAUGGGAAAACUACUCCAUUGUUGUGUGUAUGUCCGGAAAGUAAAGAGUGUUCUGAACUACUCAGCAAACACUUGAGUAGAAAGCGUGGUGAUAUUGCUUCAAGCUCACGGGUGAAUUAG